CCAGGACCCAGGAUGAACCAGCUUACUGUCGCUGCGCCCCUUGUGUCUUCCCGAGACACAGAGAUGAUGGUGCUGGAGCUGCCAGCUGUCAACAUAACAGAUUGUCAGAGCCACAACCAGUGUCAGAACCGCUGUACCAAGGAGAUCAGCGAUAUGACCAACAAUAUGGACUUAUGGUCGACUAUGGGAGACGACACUGUGGGCCAAGACUUCUGCACUGAACUGUAUUCUCACUUCUUCUUCUUCGUCCACAACUCUUACGUUCACGGUUACUACGAGAUGUGUGGAGGCCCCUGGGAGUACACAGGUCUGGACUCUCAGCAAAUGUUGUGCUGUGAUAUGGGCCAACAAGCACACUGUGUCUCCAAGUAACUGGCCAAGCUCACCAUCUUCUUCGCACCUGCCCCUAUUAAUAACAGCCCUACAGCAGUGAUAACUCUUGCAGCAAUGAUGACAGCAGGGAUAACAGCCCUACAGCAGUGAUAACUCUUGCAGCAAUGAUGACAGCAGGGAUAACAGCCCUACAAUCAAGAUAAUGUCUUGACAUUCCUGUUAUACCAGAACUGUGUUCGGCAGGAGUAACAUUGCUGUUGUAUUUCAUUACCAAAAUAAAUUCUAUUUCUUA